CAGAAAGUGUCAAACACAGGGAUGAUGAUGAUGAUGUGAAGUGACCGAAAACUCCGGGGGGAUAAACUUUGUUUUUUGCCGAGCUGCCGUCUGUUCCUGGUCGGUUUUCUGGAUUAUUUAACUGCAGCACGUAGCCGAACGUUCGCGUUUAACCUUCACUGGCCGCCGCUCUUCGUUUAAACUGAGGAAACUUAAUCUCGCUCACUUUUUAGUCGGCGACAUUGACCGUCGAGCUAACUGUGUUAGCGACAGCCGAGCUAAGCAGCAGAGUCGGUAAACGGAGCGGAACAAUAGCACGGUCACCGGGCGAAGCUAACACUAACAUGUAACCGAUGUGUUAGCUGUAGCCACUUUAGCUUCGCUCCACACUCCGUCUCUCUCGUGUAGUUAUAGCGUGUGUAGCGCGGCAUUCAACCUGGUACCGUCAACAGAGGAGGAUGUCUCGGAGGCGACUGGACAGUCGCAGCGGACUCUCCGCGGGGCUGCUCAGCGAAACUCAGACCCCCAUCAGCACCGAGCCCAUGGAGAGUGUCUAUGAAAUGACCGGAGAGCUGGGGAGGGGGAAGUUUGCAGUGGUGAAACGCUGCGUGGAGAAGGCCUCGGGCAAAGUGUUUGCUGCUAAGUUCCUGCGGAAAAGGAGGAGAGGUCGCGACUGCCGGGCCGAAGUCAUUCACGAGAUGGCCGUUCUGGAAAUGGCCCGCAAUAACGCCCGGGUGGUCAACCUGUAUGCUGCUUAUGAGACGGAUCACGACAUCGUCUUAAUGCUGGAAUAUGCGGCAGGUGGAGAGAUAUUUGACCACUGUGUGUCUGACGAGUUGCUGUCGGAGGCGCAGAUCACUCGUCUGAUCAGGCAAACACUGGAGGGAGUCCACUACCUCCACCAGAGCAACCUGGUGCACUUAGACCUCAAGCCGCAGAAUAUUCUCCUGACCAGCCUGUCGCCUCCAGGAGACAUAAAAAUCGUAGACUUUGGCCUGGCCCGUAGGUUGGGUGCGGUCGGAGAGCUCCGAGAGAUUCUUGGCACACCUGAAUACGUGGCUCCAGAGAUCCUGAAUUAUGAACCCAUCACAACAGCGACUGACCUGUGGAGUGUCGGUGUUAUAGCCUACAUGCUUGUGACGGGCGAGUCUCCGUUCGCGGGGGACGACAAGCAGGAGACGUUCCUGAACGUGUCCCAGGUGAACGUGGACUACAGCAGGGAGGCCUUCUCCAAGGUUUCCGAGCUGGCCGUGGACUUCAUCCGCAAACUGCUCGUUAAAGCGCCAGAGGACCGGCCCAGCGCCGCAGAGUGCAUGAGUCACCCGUGGCUGUGGCAGCAGCAGUUCUGUCUGAGCCCCGACUCCACGCCCAGCACGCGCACGGUCCGCGAGAGGAGCUGUGGCACCAAGUGGGCAGCGCCACCCGAAGACCCCGAAGACAAGGAGAACUUCCUGGAGUCCCCGCACUCUCACGCCAAGAGGUUCCGCUUCGACGAGGAAACCUUCGCCCCCGGGGACGGUGACUUUUGAAGAAAAACAAAAAAACCCAACAACAACAAAAAAAGGCAUCUUCCCCCGAGCUUUUAAAGUCUUUUAAUCCUCCACAAAAACCAGCCACCACCACUCAACUGUACUUAGGUUGUGUUCAUAUUCCGCUAAUCUGCAAAAUUCCAAGAUCGUCCACUCAAAACCAAAGAUAACCAGCUAUAUUUUGAGAUCUGUCACUGAUCCAUCGCUGUUAAAAGUGUGAAUAUGUGUGUGUGUGUGUGUCUGUUAAUAACCUAAAGUAUUUAAUUCCUUCUAAUCUUUGGUAUUUUCAGGGCCUGUGUGUAUCUGUCCCUGUAACUGAUGAAGGCUAGUGAGGAGUAAUUCCAGGGAAAUCUAUGCAAUACUUCUCUUUUAUAUUUCAAAUCCUUUUUACUUUUGUUUCCUUUGGCAAGAACCCGUAGAGGAACUCAUCUGCACGCUGCCUUACUUGUGGGACAGGAAGUGUUUCACUUCAGCGGAACCGCGUGAUAUCGAGAGAUGCAGCGUGACAAUUGUCCCUCGUUUGCAUGUUGACGAGAACUCCUCUGGUCACCAGGUAGAAAACACGCUGCUCUCCAUGUCUUCACUGUGUCUCUUUAGUCCACUCAGCAGGACACACAUACAUUCCUUCAGGUUCGCCCUGUCCCCUUGAUGUCUUAAAGCCAUACUUUGCGUGUUUUAUGUCCACAGAGAUUUGAGUUUUGGCCCCGAACGGUCCUGUAGUCACAAUGUUUUAUAAGGUUCCGGAAAAAGAGGACAUUGCGGACCGUUAGUGGACCCUCUGUGGGCUUUACUGUCACUGUCACCUUCCUCAUGACUAAUCCUGUUUAGCUCAGGACUUCAGAUAAAACACAUUUUUAAUAACUGGAACCAAAACACUUCCACAUUUUCACGUGCAUUCACACUUCUUUAUUUUUUUUUUUAAUUGUGUGGCGUCACACUCUGCUGAACUGUCACUGUGGAUCCGUUGCUGAUGCUGGCUUCUCUCGUCCCCGUCUCGCUACGUCGCCAUCGCGUUAGUUUCAGUAGCAGCUCUCGCUACGAUGCUACAUACGCCCACCGUUUCGCCUUAAAGCUGCUGUCAGUGAUGUCGUCUUCUGCUGUUAACCUCACGUCAUGAACACAUGCACCUAAAGAGAAGAGAGGACCGCCUCUUUCUGGAGUUCUGGCUCCUGAUUGGAUCAUAGUUUUCUUAGGUUUAACAUCAGAGCCUGAGAGUGAGGCCCCGUACACACGAGAACAAGUUUAGGAGAAUCUGCAAAACGUUUUUUGUCGGUGUUUUGGUAACCCUAAAUGCUAUUUUUGGAAAAAUAAGCCACAAUACACACCGCCUCCAAGAUUUAUGCACAUAUUUCACAUCUUCUCUGGUGUUUUCUAUUGCAACGUUAGAGCACCAGGUCCGUCUGUAUGAUGACCUUUCUUGCAACAUAUCGUGUUUAUGAAACCACAAAGAGAAAGAUUGUAUAGAGAAAGUGUCAAGAAUAUUCAGCUAUUAUUAAACACUGAUUUUCACUCGAUAGAUUUCACUGACAGCAGCUGUGAGGAUUGUUUUCAGUCACUGUAAACUUCUUGAUUUGACACAAAGUCGUGCUUUUUCUUAACUCCUCCCACAGUAUGGUACACACUGUCAAAUGUGUACCAAGAACACGGGUGAGUCAGCCGCUGUUCUCACCCGUGAAAGAACACGGGUGAGUCAGCCGCUGUUCUCCUGCCACACCUGCACUUACUCAAAUAGUUUCCCCACCGUGCUCCGAGUUCCUCUUUGUCAGCAGGCCCGGAGCCAAACGUGACUUUUAGCACUUAACUUUCACACAAGCACCAGUUCUGUAACUGAGAUUUGUACGACGGUGGUGCGUCCGCGAGAGGUCGACUGUGCCUUUCAUUCCCUCACCAAAGCCAUUCGUUCUGCUUUCACAGUGUCAGCAUUACAUAAGUUCCUCCAGUCACUCCUGGGUCAGGUGAUGUGUUCUGUUGUCACCUCAGGGCAUGCUGCUCACUCUCUGCUCACUUUACUUUUGUUUUCCUAAUGUAGGCUUAUAAUUAUUAUUAUUAUUAUUAUUGUUGUUGUUGUUAUUUUUAUUUAUGUGCUGGACUUAUACUUCAUAUGUGUUUGUAAAUAACGUGCUCACGCGAGUCGGAAGGAUUCAGGUGUGCUGGUGUGGUCACAGCGGGAUGAAUAAUAUAAGGGGAAGAUGAAAGAGGAUGCGUUUUUAAGGUGGUACUAGGAAGUGAUGCGGGAUGAGUAAAUGGACGGAUGAGUCAGAAGGAAGAUGAUUAAAGACUCAAAUAUGUGUUGGAUUGGAUGAAGGAUAAGUGCGGCGCUGUUGGUUCUCAUGUGGAUUGUCAUGAUAUGUAGACAUGAAAGGCUUUUUUUUUUGUUGUUGUUGACGGGAGCGAUGAUUUCACUGUCACGUUAUGGGGAAAUGGAGAAGGAUGUUUGUUAGUGGAAGCGUGACAGUGCACAAUGUGAAAUAUGAGGUGAUCGCUUUUGAAUGGAGGCGUCUGCCAAAAGAGUAACUGUAGUGUGAUAUCAGGUAAUGCCACGGAGGAAGCGCCAUGUGUUUCAGUCUUAAGACUCGAAUGAACAGUGUAAACAUCCGUCCCUAGUGAUCCAGUUAUGGGUUAACACGUUCAGGUCUGAACACACCCGCUGUGGCCUGAGUGCGUCUUCAGAUCAGUCACGGAAACCACAUUGGGAGGUGGUUCUCGCAUUCCUUUCAACGAGCGAUUGCAAAAAAUCUGCGAGGAAGUUUAAAACUUCUGUUCGAGCUGCUGUAGAAACAUGACGCCGCAAGAUAGAGAUUAUGAAGGCUCAGUCUGAGGCUGCAAAGAAAUAUGCAGUGAUUAUUCUUAUUUGUAAAGCGAUUCUGCACUCGUACAAACAUACUUAGCUACUGCCAAUGAUCCCUCCCUAAAUGUUACACACUGGACCUUUAGAGACACCGUUUGACCUGCAGCAGUUUCACAACAUUUCUGCACUUCCCAUCACACGUACACUGAUCAACACAGGAGUUGUCUUAUUUCAUAUUACAGCAGCAUAAGUAGAGCUUCACCCAGCUCCUUUUAAUCUAUUUUCUGUCAGACCCAUAAACAGAAAUGAUGGAGUGAAAUUUGAAAUUUGAUUCCCUGCCAGUUGUGAGCUGUCCCACUUAAAACUGUCCACUUGUGAUCGGGUCUCUCAGGACGGAUGUUGACACCAGGUCUGAACCAGUAACUCUCUGUUGCUUCAGCCUCCAGUGAAAGUGAAACGUUCCUCUUUUUGGCGACGAGGUGCCAAACUGAAUAAGACCACAUUGUUUUUUGUUGUUGUUGUUGAUGUUUUUGUCACCAGCUGGAACAACGGCCAUUGUGUUGGAGACGAGUGUCUCCAGCCACGGCCGUGCUCUCAUCUCAAUGCUGUCAUCCCUUUAAAAAACUGGAACGCCGCACACUGUAAGAGAUUCUUUUCCUCGUCAUCUCGAUAACGGAUUAAAUCUGAGUUAGCAGUUUUUCGACUUGAGCUUGUUGUUUCUUUUGUCUGACACUUAUGUCAGUGUGAUUUUUGUCAGGUUCUAUAAACCAGAGAUGCCACGUUGUCUCUUUUUACUACUGUAUGAAGAAAUAAGCUUGGAUCUUAACUUUAUCUCAAGAGUAAAAAAAAAAAAACUCCUUAAAAGUGUUGUGUUUUAUAAUAUUGUUUCUAAACAUUGGGGGCGUCGUCUUAAAAUAAUUCAGGAUGAGAUGAGGCUUUGACAAACAAACUUUGAACCUCGUUUGCACAGAAACAAGUGAAUCUCCAGACUUGUUUUCGCAGUGCGGUGAUGUCAGGGAUCUCACUUUGCAGGAUGACGAAAUGCGCCAAGCGACUCGGACACAAGUGUCUCGAUGUUGGCCCGGCAUUGUUUAUCUGUCACUUGAACAUGACUAACGCUGUGGUGGUGUAGAUGUUGCUCAGCUAUUGUACUGUAUUACUUUCAGCAGCUAGUCACGCAGUGGCCUCUUGUGUGCCUGAGAGCUCAUUGUGUGUGUGAGCGGGAGGUGCAGCCACUGAUGUCACCUCACACUCGCUUUCUCUCCUCUCUCUUUGAACGCAGCGAGACUGAAGGUCACUGUCAAACCAGCCCAGAAGCACAAGCAAAUUAAUGUUUGAGAUGUCUGUUUAUUUUGCAUUUUAUACAGUUAUCUAUUUUUUAAUGUAUGAGCGUUCAGAUUGCAUCUGAAGUGACUAAAAAAAGAGGAAAUAAUCUGUUCUGUAUUCUGAUCAACUGCAGGCUAAUAUUAAAAAGCAACUGAUAAAGCUCAUUAAAGAUUGUAGAAAAUA